UUCUGUAAAAUAUCAAUAACAUUGAAAGUUUUAUUGUUAUUCUGUAUACCAAAAUUACAGUAAUCAAAUAAUCGAAUAAUCUCUUGACGUGUGCAUACAGUUUAAGAGAAUUACUGCGUAGUAAUUUCUAAACGACCUAACCUUACUUUUUCCAUUCGAACGUCAAGUUUGAGAAAGAACAUCAUUUUCCCGGGAAAAUGAACACUUCGAAGAAGAUAAAUGUGAAUUUUUCGUCCCUAGUUGGACUGAAAGCUGAAUUAUUGAGGAAACAGACGGAAAUAAAAGAUGCAAAAACCAAAGAAGAUAUCCAGCCAAAAAUUUUCAAGCCAACGUCGAAAACGAAAACUAAAAAAGUGAGAGAGAAAAAGUCAAAAAAAGAGGGCGAUUACACGGAGCUCGAGGACGUGGCUACGUUAAAAAAAUCGAAAAUCAUGCUAGAAGCAAAGACAAUGUUGUACGAUAAACUGAAGAAAAACAGAGGUGACGAAAACCACACUUACCUGGUGGACUUUGCGAAUAAGGAAGAUGAAUCAGAAGACGAGAUUCAUAGAGAAGAAGAUUACGAGGACGCGAAUUCAGAUCCUGAGGAUGAUUGGGUCGAGUAUCAGGAUUGUUUCGGGCGAUCAAGGAAAUGCUUGAGACGAGAUCUUCCAAGGAUGCGAGAGAAGGAUAAUUUGGUGAAACGUGAAAUGGCCAAAGAACCACUGCAAGACGAUGUUAGGAUGGAAGAUACACCACCGACACCACAGAUUCCACUGGUUGAAAAAGAGCCAGAGAUUGAGAUAAUGAGAAAGAAAUGGGAGGAACAAAUGGCCAGAUUGGCGGACAAAUCAGACAUCCAUUACCAGGAUGUGUUGUUUGACGAGGCAAGAACUCAUGGUGUUGGUUACUACGCUUUUUCUCAGAACGAAGAAGAGAGAGCAAAGCAGCAGGCGGAACUAGCAAAAUUGAGGAAAGAGACUGAGCAGAGACAGAAAGAAUCUCAGGAGAUUCGUGAUUUGAAGAGUAAAAUGGAAUUCAAUAGAUUGAAAUCAGCCAUGAUAAGGAAGCGAGUGAGAUCUGGUCUUUCUGCUGAGUUGACGGCGGAAGAGGAGGAAGCGUUAAGGGCUCAGGUAAAAUCGAGACAUUCCAAUGAGACGCAGGAGGAAGAAACGAGUCCGGAAGCUCUAGAGGCAGCAGCGAACAGAGUCAAAUUGCAGGAGACUAGUGCGAAUAACAGUCUCAUUGUUGUAGAGGAUAAAAUAAAAGCUUUUGGGGAACUUCUUGGUAAAAGACCUAAGUGGCAUGAGAUGUCGCAGGAAGAAUGGGUCUACAAACGUCGGAAAGAUCGUCUCGGUGAAUUUGCGCCUGUUUACGAGAACUUCCGACGUGGAAAUUAUCUCGAGGGUUCUCGUGAUACGAGAAUAACGACAAGGGACGAGGACGACGACAAAGAUCCUGUAAGAAUCAAUUCUACUGGUCCAGAACCUACGGAUGUUUGGGAAACUCAAGGACCCCUGUACCAAGAUGACACCAUUGAAAAGGAAGAACAAGAAAAUCGGAAAUUCGAAGCAAUGAAGAAAAAUCAGUCGAUUGUCCAGCAAACUUCUGUGAGCAGUGUAGAACCGGUGAAAAUCGAUGAAAAUGACAGCGACGAAGAAGUCAUUGGACCGAUGCCUCCACCUGGGACACCGGGCACGUUUAUUAAUAGUUUUGUACCUCAACCAAUGCCUACAACCCCUGGAAUGCCUGUAUCAUUCGACCGAAUGGUCCCACCGCCAGGGACCAUUAAUUUUUCCAUUCCACCACCUACAAUCUUUCCUCCAGUAGCCAAAAAUCCACUAACGGAUCACACAACAUCAAAUUCGUCUGCAAUUCAUGAAGAGGAUUCUACGGACAGUGACGACUCAAUCAUUGGUCCAGUACCUCCACCUUCAAUAAACGAUAUCUCAUCACUUCAGGUCGAAAAUUGUGGGCCCAGGCUCAUAGACAAUAAUCACAUCAAUAUCCUCUCCGAUAUUCCUCUACCAGCAACUGUUCAAUUUCCUCCAACACUCGACUACACGACGCAAUCAACUCAACCCCUUCAGAAUACGAAAAAUCAAAUGGGCAAUACUUGCGAAGCGAAUUCAUCAGGGAAUUUAAACAUUGACAAAAUUUCGGCUGGACUCAAGUAUCUGCGACAGAAAUUUGACGAUACUGAAAACAGUUAGAAAUUUGCAAACGUUUUUUCAUUGUCAACAUUUCUACGUAAAGGAUCAUUUCUCAUACCCGUGCGAUUUUGCUGAUGUUUCAAUGCUCGUGUCCAGUCUUUUUUGAACGCUUCACGCGUGUCUGGCUUGACUGUGUACCCAGUUGAGUAGCAUCGUUUACAUUCGACCUUGUAUCUGGCACAUCUGUAAUUGAAAUUAUGAUAUUAAAGUGUACACAGUUACAUGGCAAUA